GAGAUGGAGAGGGAGCGUGUGUAUAACUUUGGGGAACAUAGCAAGAAGCAGCAAAGGGAACAAACUUUUCUCUCUUGGCUGCUUCCUUUGGACUUUUUCACAUUUCACCAAAUACCUCUGUGUGGACGGAGCGGAGACUAGGGAGGAUAAUUUGUUUGCUUCACUGGUUAAAGAGUAAUUUCCAUGUUUGUGUAAUCAACAUAAGUUAAUUUGCUUUGUUGAUCUUUGCAUUUUUAUCUGAUUAUUGCUGCACUGAGCUUUGAGGAAGGCGUGCACACACACUUGAAAGCUUAGCUGCAGCUCUCUCCAGCUCAUUUGAGUGUGAAGCUGGACUGAGACACACACACACACACUUAUAUACACACACCUGUUGUUGCUGAGGAUUUCCCGGGAGCGCAGUCAUGGUUAUCUGCGUCACUGUUGCUUAAGGGAAGCGGUGCGUCUCUACAGCUGUUAUCUGGUGGUGGCCUCGUCGGAGUGUUACAGUAGAAGUUGAGCCGCUGCUCCAGAGAAGAGGGGGGAGAUGUCAUCCUACUACCCCCGCACCAAGGACCUGACUCGCACCAGGAAGUCAGUGACAGAAUCACCGCCGUCCUCACCGUCCGCUACAGACAAAAACUACAGACAUGAACGACUGUCACGAUACGACUCCAGUGGGGAGAGUGUAACAGACAAACCAUUGGGCCGAACCAGCUCUUACACUCGGAGAGAGACGAGGCUGGCAGCUCUGAACAGACAGGAACAAGACUCUUCUACCAAAGACUAUAAGAAGAUGUAUGCAGAUGCACUGCAUGAGAAUGAUAAACUCAAGUCCAGGUUGCAGGACAGCAAACAGGAACUGGUGAAGAUACGCUCCCAGCUGGAGAAAGUCACUCAGAGGCAAGACAGAAUAUCAGAGCGAUCUACAGCAGUCGAAUCUGAGAAAAGGGAAAAACAAGCUCUUGAGAAAAAAGUCUCAAACAUGGAGGAUGAGAUAAAGGCUUUCCCUCCUCUGGCUCAGGCCCAGACCUUGCGAAGGGUGAACGAGUGUCUCCUGGUUGAGAAUAAAGCAAUGCUGCGCGUCCUCACCCGCCUCUCUGAAACGGCCUCCAUGCCGGAGACAGAGGACCUCUGAUCCCCUGACAUCAUCUGUCCUCCUUUCACCCCCUCCUCUCCCCUUCUCAGCCACAUAACGUCUACAUUCCCCUCUCCUUCUGGUGCCUCUACAGCCCUUCUCGUCCUCUGCUGUGUUCCUCUUCAGAUGUUAACAGAGCUCAAGUCAGACAACCAGAGGCUGAAGGACGAGAACGGGGCUCUGAUUCGAGUCAUCAGCAAACUGUCCAAAUAAAAAGAUGUCUGAAGCUCCUGUUCUCCAUCUGUGGACGCACCCACCCUGAUAUGGCAGUUUAAUUACCCAUACAAGUUGUGACUCCUCUGCUUUGCAGAAAUAAAUUCCUGUUGGGACUUGUGAAGAUCCAAAGAGAAGUUUUAUGGAGUUUCAGUCAAUUUUCACCGUGACGCUGGAGUUGCAACAAAGUGUACAUGAUGAGUUCACAGUAUUUAAAUAGGGACCAUAUAACACAAAUCCAGGGGUUUGCGUGAAAGUUCUGUUUCAAUAUAUACCCACACAUCACACUGAAACAUCACGUUACUUGGUGCACUACAGAAAGGUUUUUUAAUAUUGUCUUAAUUGUGAUUGAAGAUAGAGGAAACCAAGGCCCCCAUAUGCCACUUUCCCAUGGACAUAGACUGUAUUUAAAAAAUCGUUAUAAUUUAAAUCAGAUAAAUGACCACUUGUUAAAUGAGGCCUAGCCAAGCAACAAAAAGGUGCUCCAGUUCCAGAAGCAAAAGCUAGAUAUUAAUAUGAAUUCAACAAGGAAACUGUAUAAGGAUAAAUUGACACCAGCACAGGAGUGUUGUUAGAUUGUUCUUCUAAUGACGAUAAGAUGUUGGCUCCAGUCUAAGAAUGUACUGAAAAUUAAAUGAUAAGGCUCGUGGCGUACACUUUUUAAUGGUAUACAAAAAUAAUCAGUUUGAACUAAUUUACUCUAAGAUAAAGAUAUAAUGAUUUGCUUUGUGUUUGCCAUGAUUGUCAACUCUCUCAUGUUUGCCACUCAGCAGUGCCUGCUUACAAUACCUCCCGAUGCCAUUAGAGUUUUAUAAAGUCCUGUCGACUUGAAACUAUUGCAAACUAGUAAGAAACAUUAUUAUUUUGAACAUGACAUAAUUGUUCACCUUAUAAUGUUCCCUGUGUUAGCCCUGCCAUGCAGAUUACUUGGUACAGUUCAAUACACUUUUUACAGAGUGGACAGUGCGUGGGCAUCACUAGCAACACUGCUGUAUCCUCCAGCUAGUUUCAGUUUCCGUGAUAACAUAAUUCAGUUUGUGCCAGAUUCUCUUUGUCAGUUUCAGUCGCCAUUCUUCAAUUUGUGUAUAAAGGAUUCAGCUUCAAGCAGCAGAAUGGCUUCACAGAUGAGACAGUGUAUGUGUGUGUGUGUGUGUGUGUGUGUGUGUGUGUGUGUGUGUGUGUGUGUGUGUGUGAAAACAAAUGUCCUAUAUGUUGUGUGAUAGAGAUAUAUUUAUUUAUUUAUGCAUUUAAUAGUUUCAUAUUCAAUCAUCUUUUUUUUUAGGAAUACAUCUAUAAUUUUGACUUCCUGGCCAUCUUUUUGUUAGUUGAUGAAAAAGCAAACGGCAAAAAUCUUCCACUUGUAAAUCACUGCUGAGAUUCUAGCGCUCAUAAUACUGUGUGAUCAAAACUAAAUAAAUAUUAAGCACAA